CACCUGUGAAACAUUUCUCAGUCAGUACUUAGCUCUAUUUAUAACACACACAAAUAGCGUAGACACACGCACUGACACUUUGGUCUUUCAAGCACAAGACGGAGUGCAAGGAGAGCGUUUCUCUCCUUUCCAGUCUGACAGAUAAGAAACUGGUGCCAGAGGAUCUGAAGCAUGAGUCAUCGUUCUCGGGCCUCCAGGUUGCGACAGCAUGUCCACUGUGAUUCCUGCUACAGUCGGCGCUGCAGGGCCCAGGUGGAAGUCUCUGUGUGCUGUGCGGUCAUCCCCUGCCGCCUGCACUGUGGCGCUCUAUUCCACCUGUGCAAAGAGGAGGAUCACAUGCUGCUCUGCCCUAACGUGAGGGUGCCCUGCCUCAACGCUGAGUACGGCUGUCCAGUCCACCUGCCUCGGUCCUCCCGGGCAGCUCACCUUCAGGUGUGUCCGGCCAGCGUGGUGUGCUGCUCCAUGGAGUGGAACCGCUGGCCAGCCAACGACGGCCUUUCUAAUCCGAACACAGCACUGCAUGAAAACCUGUUUUUGGAAAGAGAGCAAGGAGGAUGUCUGGAUCUGGCCAUGGCCCUGAAAGAUCAGGACCGCCUGUUUCACUCCAUAAAGAUGAAGAAACUGUUUCCGGAGCUGGUCCAGAGUGUGGAGGAGGAGGAGAAAGAGGAAGAGAGGAAAGAGGAAGAGAGGAUGAAGGAGAAGCAAAGGCAGAAAAAGGCCACCAUGGAGAAGGAGGCAGCAGAAAGGGCAGCUGCAAAGGAAGCCAGUGGUCAAGCCUGGGAGCCUUUUAACAUGUUUGACGUCAACACCCCUGAUAAAAAAGACAAUGAGGAUGAAGAUGAGGUUGAGGUUGAGCUAACCCUGGAGGAGAGAGAGGCUAUUGCCAGGGGCUCAGGAGUGAAUGCUGAUUUGUUGGAAAACUAUAGCGCUUGGGAGCGCAUGUUCAGUAUGGAGAUGGGUGGCUGCAGGGUAGCUGAAGGGGCAGCUGUGGCCAACAAAGGCAAAGAACUGGCUAAAGGGAGAGGAAACGGCCUGGACACUCUCACAGAGGAAGAUAUAGCAGAUACCUACAUGGGGGCCACAGCAUCAAACACCCACAAGAAGGUGAGCAGUGCAUACAUUGCUUCCACAUCCUCCUCUUCCUGUCUCGCCGGAAAUCUGAAGAAGAAAUUUGUGUACGGUCAUCUGGAGCCAAUGAAGAUUAUCACUGUGCGUACCUUUAAAAUCCCAACCAGCUUCUCUGCCAAGCAGAGCCGUAUCCGCAACCCUGGUUUCUACAAAAGGGAGAGUCAAGCUGUGGAUACAAGUGACCUGGGGGUGGCGCUAGAGGAGAUGCCAGUGUGGGAGGAAGUUCAGGCCUGUCUGCUGUGCUCCCUGGAGAAGGAGCUAAGGGGUCACCUCAUUGCAGAGAGCGUAUGCACAGAUGGUCUGUUACAAGAUGAAGGCACACAGACCUACAACUUCCUGUCUGCUCCUUUCCGGAGAAACACGUCGCUGGCUGACCUGACCACUGCAAAACCGCUGGAGCUGCACCUUCAGCUGCAGUUGGAGAGCGUCACCAAUAGACACCACAAGGCCAGUUCCGCCUUCACCUUCCUCUGUGGACACACCUUCCAGCGCAGAGAAUAUGGCAAACAUUAUAAGAACAUCCACAGUGACAUCCAGAUGAGUUUGAGCGGAUGGUUCGAGCAGAGAUGCCCCCUGGCAUACUUGGGAUGCACCUACAGCCAGAGGAGGUUGCAGCCCUCUACACAUGAAGCUACUGUCAGCUACAAUGAGGAUCUGGGCUGCUUUAGCCUGCGUCCCACCAUCCCUGUCUCUCUGGAUGUCGCCUCCCAGCCGUCCAGGAGCACAGUCAACUCUUCCACCACUCACAGAAAGCAUGGUAGUCGGGCAGGAGGAGGGGAGGACUCUUUGAGCUCGCUCCCCUACGAGGUGCUGUGCCACAUGGCCAGUUUCCUGGACAGUCUGUCCCUGUCACAGCUGGCUCUGGUGUCCCGGCUCAUGAGACAGGUGUGCUCCUCUCUGCUGCAGGAGAGAGGGAUGGUCACCCUCCGCUGGGAGAGGAAGACCUACUCACAUGGGGGAGCCAAGUGGAGGGUGAAUCAGAGGGUAUGGCAGUUCAGCACCUUGUUCUCUCCUGUGGACACUUGGUCCUUCCAAGACGUGCCGUCCAUGUCUGAGCACCUAAAGGUGUGUCCAUGCUAUGAGACAGAGUCCAGGACAGAGAAGAUUCACCUGCCGCGUAUCAGGGAAGAAGUUCAAACCAAACCAAGCUGCAAAGGCCCCACGCUGGUUAACUUGUUCCAGCAGAAGAGGAUCAUGAUGUAAUAUAAAGCACUGACUUGCUAGUGUACGCUGCUCUAAUCUGUUAUUAUCAUACAUGUAGCCUCAUGUUGUCCCCUCUUUUUCUUCCUGGUAUUCAUAGUCAAGUAAAAAUAAAGAAAAUCAGAACGCACACACAUCUAAAUCUAACUUUAUUAACAAAAAAUGUCAGAAUAGCAUUCAAGGUAAUUAUGUCCGAACGUAAAUAAAGGUAAUCAGGA